AUGAGCGAUGCAUCUCUGGUCUCUCUGGCCCCAGAUGGCAAGCCAAAAGGGAAUCGAGUCUGGGUUGAUGGAUGCUUUGACAUGGUCCACUUCGGACACUCGAAUCAAAUUCGACAAGCGAAACAAUACGGGAAGUGCCUAGUCGUUGGUGUACAUACUGAUGAAGAGAUCAGCGUGAACAAGGGACCACCGGUCUUUACCGAAAGGGAGCGUUAUGCAAUGGUCAAGGCCAUUCGAUGGGUGGAUGAGGUGGUUGAGGGAGCACCAUACACGACUACCGUAGAGACACUAGACAAGUAUAGAUGUGAUUAUUGUCUCCAUGGAAAUGAUAUUACAUUGGAUGCUGAUGGCCAUGAUACUUAUGCGGCAGUGAAAAAUGCUGGGCGAUAUCGUGAGACGCAACGUACUCAGGGAAUUUCCACAUCGGACUUGGUCGGUCGGAUGCUUUUGCUUACAAAAAGCCAUCACGCCAAAGAUGAUGGGCUAUCAGAUGAACACUCGGAAAGGGCCCGGAAGCUGAGUACGAGCGAAGACGGUGAGACCCCGUAUACGCGGGUCUCGCGCUUUGUCGCGACGACCCGGACGAUUCUCGAAUUUUCGUCUGGCCGAACACCGAAGCCAAAUGACAGGAUCGUGUACGUCUGCGGUUCGUUCGACCUCUUCCACUAUGGCCAUUUGAAAUUCCUGGAAGAGGCUCGCAAAUUGGGCGAUUACCUCAUUUGUGGGAUUCUUGGUGAUUCGACCGUGAACUCGUACAAAGGUGGAAAUCACCCGAUUAUGAGUCUGCACGAGAGGGUGUUGACGGUUCUAGCUUAUAAGCCGGUUGACGAGGUGGUCAUUGGUGCGCCCUAUACGCUAACCGAAGAAAUGAUAGAUCGAUUUAAUAUUUCGGUUGUUGCUCAAGGCUGCGAAGUCCCACAUCAUGAGCACGAUUGUCCAGAUGCUUUUGGAGCGGCCAAGCUGCGCGGAAUUUACAAAGAAGUGCAUUCCGGCUCCAACCUGACCACCGAUCUCAUCAUUGAACGGAUUAUCCGUAAUAGAAUGCUAUAUGAGACUCGGAACCGGAAAAAGGCAAAGAAAGAGGCAGCUGCACUGGAGGCUCUGCAAAAAUUACAGGGCGACACGACCAAAGCCAUUGUGGUGACCGCUGAAGCGGCGGAGAGGGCCGAGCCCACGAACAAGUGGCUC